AUGGAGGAUAACUGGGGAAUCGUGGCCUCUUUCGCACAAGGAAUCCACGGCGCGGAGAAACCAUAUAAAUGCAGUCAGUGUGGAAUGAGCUUUGCUCGGAAGAUAAUUCUCACGUGCCAUCAAAGAAUUCACACUAGGGAGAAGCCAUAUAAAUGCCUUGAGUGUGGAAAGGUCUUCAGGGAACGCAGCCAUUUGACUUCCCAUCAAAGAAUUCACACAGGGGAGACACCCUAUCAGUGCUUGGAGUGUGGAAAGAUCUUAAGGCACAAGACGAGUCUUGCUUCCCAUCAAAGAAUUCAUUCUGGGGAGAAACCCUAUCAGUGCUUGGGAUGUGAAAAAAGCUUCGCUCACAAAGUAACUCUCACGCACCAUCAAGCAACUCACUCCGGCGAGAAACCACACAAAUGCUCACAGUGUGGAAAGAGCUUCACUUUGAAGAAAAACCUCACUUCCCAUCAGAGAAUUCACACGGGGGAGAAACCGUAUAAAUGUUUGCAGUGCGGAAAGAGAUUCAGCCAGAGCUCCCAUCUCACUUACCAUCAGAGAAUUCACACAGGGGAGAAGCCGUAUAAAUGCUCAGAGUGUGGAAAGAGCUUCAGCCAACAAUGUGGGAAAAGGUACACUCAGAAGAAUUGCCUUAGAAAACAUCAAAGAAUUCACACAGGAGAGAAAAAAUAUAAAUGCUCAGAGUGCGGGAAAAGCUUCGUUGAGAGGUCAGCUCUCAAGACACAUCAACGAGUUCAUACGGGAGAGAAACCCUAUAAGUGCCUGGAGUGUGGAAAGGGCUUCGCUCAGAGCUCCCAUCGCAAUGUUCAUCAAAGAACUCACAAACCGAUAUUCGGUGCGGACGAACAGCUUUCUUCAGAUCUCCAGCCUUUAUUCCCACCAAAAAAUCCAUACAGCGGAGAACCCAUAUAAAGACUUGGAAUAUUAAAGGAGCUUUAGGAGCAGUUGCUAGCUUUCUUUCUGCAAGAAAAAAC